UCCGAAUAUGAAUUCCCAACAAUAAUUCAAGUUAAAAUUGAUAAAUUAUAUCAAGACUUAUCUUGUACGAGAUUUUUAAAUUCAAUCGUUGAAAAAAAUUAUUUAUUUGUUGAAGAUUAUAAGUAUCAAAGACUUGAAAUGUAUAAUUUACAAUCUAUGGAUUUAGAACUAACAUUUCAUGAAAUUUUUCUUCCAAAGAAAACGAGUGGAAACUCUAUUUUUUCCAUUUCAAAAUAUGGCAGUUUAUUAGCAUAUUAUAGUGGUACAAAUUGUAUUUCGAUACAUUUAAUGGAAAAUGGACUUAAGGUUGCGACGAAAGAAUUUACUGAUGCAUUCAAAGUCCUUUCAAUUUCAUUUAUUAAUAAUGAUGAAAAAUUAUUCGUUGUCACUGAAGAAGACUCUGAAAAAGUCACCGAUGAAGUCACAAUAAAUAUUUGGGAUCUUUUCACCUUUAAAUGUGAUGUACACAAAAUAGUCGAUCAUUUAAAUAUUUUUAGUUCUUUACAAAAGUCUAAUUGUCAUUCAGUCGCUUUUUCAAAUGAAAUUAUACUUGCUUUCUUUCCAGAUACUGAUAGAUUUAUACAUGCAUAUAGUCCAGAUAAAUUUAUACGUUUAAAAGAUAUCAUUAAUCAAUCUCAAAAAAGUUACUCGAAAACAGACGACUUUAAAGUUAUAAAAGAAUUUAACGUUAAAAAAGAACCCUGGGUUCAUAAACGAAAAAAUAUUAGUAUUUCUUAUCUUGAUGAAGAGAAAACCAUUCAACUUAUUAUUGGAGAAACAACAGUUCAAGUUUGGAGGGAAAACUCUAUAAAUAAACAAGUUUUAGACUAUAUUUGGACGAAUCAAGAAAAAUUUACAACAGUAUCUCUGAAGAAAGAUGUUUUUAAGCGUGAAUUUUAUUUAAGCUUAUCAUGGACUGAUAAUAAAAAACAAGAGCAUAAUGAGUUUAUGAUUCAUUGGCCAAAUGAAGCUCAUGUCCUCAAAGACGCAUGUGUUGCUAUGGAGUAUCUUUAUAAACGAAGAGAUGAACCUGUAGGGACAAAAAACCUAAGCAAAUACAAAGAUUUGGUUGCAUGCACAGAAAGACUUAUUAAAACAUGCAUUAAAAACAAUCCGGAUUUAUGGAGUUUAUCUGAAGUAAGAUAUGACAUCAUGGCCAAUAUAAUCCGAUCAAAGAGUAUACCGUUGUUAAAUAAGAUUCUUUUCCAUUAUCAAGAAGCAGUUGGCAUUAAACAGGAUAGAAUGGGAGUUAUUCGUUAUUUGCAUAUUCCAAGGGAAUAUGAGUGGCCUAUGAAAACGAAAGAAAUUAAUUCGAAGUCUGCUAAAACGAUAGAAAGUAAUUCGAAAGAAAGUGAUUUGAUGCUUGCUAUUAACAAUACUUCAGAUGGUUGUCGUAGGGAUAUAGUGAUUGUCGCCAUGUUGCUCGAAUAUUAUUCAAAUAAUGCAGAAAAAAAUACGGGUUGGAUGUUUACAGUGACUAAGGCUCUUCCUUCGCUUAACAAUCGUAAUUUUGAACCUUAUUUGAAGGAGCUAUUAUACAAACCAUGCUUUGGAUCCAAAGAGGAAUAUGUAGAUUCAAAAUUUGUUAAUCAAAGUAAAUUAAAAUAUGGAUAUAGAUCAGGAAUUUGUUCAUUAAAUGUAAGACCACGACUACUUAUAUUAAAUAAAAAUAUGUCUUUUAUGUCUUCAUUAUGGAAUAAAUUUAAAUCUAAUAUUAAUUGGAGAUCAAAAGAAACGGAUGAAGAAAUUUCACACGUGACUACUUUACGAGUAGUUCCAUUACCAGAUUUUACAAUUUAUCCAACAAAUGCGACAGAUAUAACAUAUAAUAAUUCGACUCUUCUGUUAAAACUUAUAAAACUUAUAUUUUGGCCAAGAGUGUAUUUGGUUCAUAACGAAAAGAAAUUUAGUCCUUUUCUAAACCUUAUAAGAAAAAAUGCAAGUAGAAAUGUUUAUGAAUUCUAUGAUAAUCCAGCAAUGGAAGCAUGCAUUGAUUUUAAAUGGGAGGCAGCGAGAGCUUAUUUUUUACGUCAUUUGUUAUUAUUCAUAGUCUUUUCGAUUACUUUUGCAUUAAAUACUGGAAUUAUCUUAGAUGAUCAAGCGAUUUCUUAUUAUUCUUCGUUGAUAAUAUCCUUUUAUCUUGGAUAUUAUCUUUUAGCUAUGGAAAUUGCACAAUUAUAUCACGAGAGAAUGAAAUAUUUUGGCAUAUAUAAUUUUCUUGAUCUUGCAUCUAUUAGCCUUGCAUUAGUUACGAUAAUAAACACUUACUUUUUAAACAUUGGAGAAGAAGAUGAGUAUCAAAAUAAAGAAAUAAUUAUUCCGCAAGCGUUUGCGGUCUUACUUUUAUGGCUUGAAUUUUUAUUAUUGACGCGAUACUUUAAGAGAACUGCAACUUAUAUUAACAUGAUUUUAAACAUUUUAAAAGCUAUUUAUCCAUUCCUAAUUUUUAUGUUUAUUGUGGUUAUUGCUUUCGGUCAUGCAAUGCAUAUUUUAUUAGAGAAACCUACACUUCUUGCACUGAUACCUAACGGCGAUACAUAUAACAUCACAUCAUCAUCAAUUCCAGGCUUAGUAAACACGAAAAUUGAACAAGUCUUUGAACUAGAUAAACCUAUUGAGAAUUAUUAUACUAAUUUUUUAAGUUCUGUUAUGGGGGUUUAUUUUUGGGUUCUUGGAAGAUGGGAUCAAUUAGAAGAAUGGGAUUUCUGGCCAAUUCAUGUAAUUAGUAUAGGCGCAAGUAUUUUAAUGGUCAUCAUUAUGCAGAACUUGUUGAUCGCAUUUAUGACGGGUGUAUAUGAGAAUGCCAAAAACAAUGUAAAACUAGCGGUGAUAGGUUAUAGAGCUGAUUUGAUCGCUGAUUAUGAAACAUUAGAAAAACCAUUCGGUAGUCAUAGAGGGAAUCCGAGAUAUAUUUAUUAUGUUGGAAGUUCUAAAUAUCAAGAAGAAUGGAUGGCUAAAGCUGAAGAAUAUAGAAGUACUCAUAAAUCUAUAUUAUUUGAAUUAUCAUAUUUAGAUGAUUCGGAUGAUGAAGAUAUUACGAAUGAAAAACUUGAUGAAAAAUUAUUUAAAAUGCAAAAUGAGUUAACGAGUAUUAAAGAAUUGUUAUUGUCCAAUAAAGAUAAAUGA